AUGGCCGAGCUCGCAUCGGUCCGCUGGCCCGAAAAAUACUUGCCUGGACUAACCGACAAUUUUGCAUCCAAUGAAAUUGUCGUACAGGGAUUGACAGACCAAGACGUCUGGCCACUGAUCACGGAUACUUCGAAAUGGGCUGAGUAUUAUGACAAUGUGGGCAAUAUCACUUUCCCUGAUGGUGACAACGGUCCGCACCUACGAGCAAACAUGAAUUUCAAGUUUGGCACGUUUGGAUUCCCGUCUAUAGACGCACGCGUGAUCGAUUUUCAACCGCCUACCGAAAACAGAGGUGGAAGCAGUGAUGUGGGCCGUAUCUCUUGGACCGCCAAACAAUUGCCAGAGCUGGAUGUCAUGCAUGCUUGGCUCUUUGAGAACUUGCCUCAAGAUCGUGUUCGUAUUCUGACGCAGGAGUCACAGCUCGGUUCAGCUGCUGUCAAGUUGGCAAAACAAAAGCCGAAUCCCAUGAUCAAUGGUCAUCAAGAUUGGCUGGAAGGAUUGAGGGACUAUGCUUUACAGAAGAAGGAAUAA